CCUUCCUUGCACCUGCGUGCCCCCCGGCUUACAGGCUGGUGCAACCUCUCCAGCCCUGCGCUAGCAGGGAAGGGUUUUGGUCUCACCUCUCGCGAGAUUCCUCCUGCCACCUCCUGCCGCCGCCGCCGCAGCUACGCGUAGCUGACUGGCGGCCUCUGCGCAGCCGCCAUGUUCGGUUGCUAUGCUGUGGCCUGGGAGACCGGGUGUGCUUGAGGGAGGGGUGGAGGAGGAGGAGACAGAGGAGACCAGAGAAGGGAAAAGAGGCAGAGGACGGAGCGCCUCUUGCACUCUCACCCGCAAACGCUGCCCGAGAAUACCGCCUGCUCACGUCGUGCUGCGCGCUUUUCUGCUCCUCACGUUCCCCCCCAACAUUGUUCUCUCAGGACCCCUGGGUCCCCAGGGGUUGAAUUCGGGGACUGAGCCAGGGAGGGGAGAGACUUGGCUUUGCCAACGGGUCGGAGGCUGGGGGCCGGACCACCCUCUCGGGGUCCUCCUCCCCCGCAGCACUUUUGGGGGUGUGGAUUAUCUCAUCCACGCAGGGAGGUAGGAGUGUGCGCCGGCCGCCGUCCUCCUUCUCGUUUCCCGGCGGCGCCGGUCCGCGGCAGCCCCGCAGUAUGAGGAGGUGCUGGCAGCUCCCGGCGGUGGCACCGCCGCUGCGGUGGCGGCUACUAGGAGGACGCUGAAGGACCCCCCCCCCCCCCCCCCAGUGGCGCGGCGGACGCGCUUCUCCCCGGCGCGCCCGGGCCUCCAGGCUUUUCUUCUCCAGCCGAGAGAACGCGGCUGUGAUACAGAGACCUUGUGUGAACAGUAAUGACCUCACGUUUCCGAUUGCCUGCUGGCAGAACCUACAAUGUACGAGCAUCAGAGUUGGCCCGAGACAGACAGCAUACAGAGGUGGUUUGCAACAUUCUUCUUCUGGAUAACAAUGUACAAGCUUUCAAAGUUAAUAAACAUGAUCAGGGGCAAGUUCUGUUGGAUAUAGUCUUCAAACAUCUUGAUUUGACUGAGCGUGACUAUUUUGGUUUACAGUUGGCUGAUGAUUCCACAGAUAACCCAAGGUGGCUGGAUCCAAAUAAACCAAUAAGGAAACAACUAAAGAAACUGCUUUUAUUAAUUCUAGGAGGAUCUCCUUACAAUUUGAACUUUAGAGUCAAGUUUUUUGUAAGUGACCCCAACAAGUUACAAGAAGAGUAUACAAGGUACCAGUAUUUUUUGCAAAUUAAACAAGAUAUACUUACUGGAAGAUUGCCCUGUCCUUAUAAUACUGCUGCCCUUUUGGCUUCAUUUGCUGUUCAGUCUGAACUUGGAGACUUCAGUCAGUCAGAAAAUUUGCCAGGCUACCUCUCAGAUUAUUCUUUCAUUCCUAAUCAACCUCAAGAUUUUGAAAACGAAAUUGCAAAAUUACAUCAGCAACAUACAGGCUUAUCUCCUGCAGAAGCAGAAUUUAAUUACCUGAACAAAGCACGUACGUUGGAACUCUAUGGAGUUGAAUUCCACUAUGCAAGGGAUCAAAGUAACAAUGAAAUUAUGAUUGGAGUAAUGUCAGGAGGAAUUCUGAUAUAUAAGAACAGGGUACGAAUGAAUACCUUUCCAUGGUUGAAGAUUGUAAAAAUUUCAUUUAAGUGCAAACAGUUUUUCAUUCAACUUAGAAAAGAAUUGCUUGAAUCUAGAGAAACCUUGUUGGGAUUUAAUAUGGUGAAUUACAGAGCAUGCAAAAAUUUGUGGAAAGCAUGUGUAGAACAUCACACAUUCUUCCGUUUGGACAGACCACUUCCACCUCAAAAGAAUUUUUUUGCACAUUACUUUACAUUAGGUUCAAAAUUCCGGUACUGUGGGAGAACUGAAGUGCAGUCAGUUCAGUAUGGCAAAGAAAAGGCAAAUAAAGACAGGGUUUUUGCAAGAUCUCCAAGUAAGCCCUUGGCACAGAAAUUAAUGGAUUGGGAAGUAGUAAGCAAAAAUUCAGUAUCUGAUGACAGGUUAGAAACACAGAGCCUUCCAUCACGAUCUCCACCUGGAACUCCUAAUCAUCGAAAUUCUACAUUCACACAAGAGGGAACCCGGUUACGACCAUCUUCAGUUGGUCAUUUGGUAGACCAUGUGGUUCACACUUCCCCAAGUGAAGUAUUUGUGAAUCACAGAUCUCCAUCUUCAACGCAAGCUAAUAGCAUCAUUUUGGAAUCAUCACCAUCACAAGAGGCCCCUGGAGAUGAGCAGCCUCCAGCUUUACCACCCAAACAAUCAAAGAAAAGCAGUUGGAACCAAAUUCAUUAUUCACAUUCUCAACAAGAUCUGGAAAACCAUAUUAAUGAAGCAUUUGAUGUUCUAUCUUCCCCUGAAAAAUCUACUCCUAAUGGUGGUAUUCCACAUGAUAACCUUGUUCUAAUCAGAAUGAAGCCUGAUGAAAAUGGAAGAUUUGGAUUCAAUGUAAAGGGAGGAUAUGAUCAGAAGAUGCCUGUGAUUGUGUCCCGAGUAGCACCAGGAACACCUGCUGACCUCUGUGUCCCUCGAUUGAAUGAAGGGGACCAAGUUGUAUUGAUCAAUGGUCGGAACAUUGCAGAAUAUACCCACGAUCAGGUUGUCCUGUUUAUUAAAGCUAUCUGUGAGAGACAUUCUGGGGAACUCGUACUUCUCGUUCGGCCAAAUGCUGUCUAUGAUGUAGUGGAAGAAAAGCUAGAAAAUGAGCCAGACUUCCAGUACAUUCCUGAGAAAACCCCACUAGACAGCGUCCACGAGGAUGACCAUUCCCUGCGGGAGUCAAUGAUCCAGCUAGCUGAGGGGCUUAUCACUGGAACAAUCCUGACACAAUUUGAUCAACUAUAUCGGAAAAAACCUGGAAUGACAAUGUCUUGUGCCAGAUUACCUCAGAACAUUUCCAAAAAUAGAUACAGAGAUAUUUCACCUUAUGAUGCUACACGGGUCAUUUUAAAGGGAAAUGAAGACUACAUCAAUGCAAAUUAUAUAAAUAUGGAAAUUCCUUCUUCUAGCAUCAUAAAUCAGUAUAUUGCUUGUCAAGGGCCAUUACCACACACUUGUACAGAUUUUUGGCAGAUGACUUGGGAACAAGGCUCCUCCAUGGUUGUUAUGUUGACCACACAAGUUGAACGUGGCAGAGUGAAGUGUCACCAAUAUUGGCCAGAACCCACAGGAAGUUUAUCCUAUGGAUGCUACCAAGUCACUUGCCACUCUGAAGAAGGAAACACUGCAUAUAUCUUCAGGAAGAUGACACUAUUUAACCAAGAGAAAAAUGAGAGUCGUCAACUCACUCAGAUCCAGUACAUAGCCUGGCCUGACCAUGGGGUCCCUGAUGAUUCAAGUGACUUUCUGGACUUUGUUUGUCAUGUACGAAAUAAGAGGGCUGGCAAGGAAGAACCUAUUGUUGUUCAUUGCAGUGCUGGGAUUGGAAGAACUGGGGUUCUUAUUACUAUGGAAACAGCCAUGUGUCUCAUUGAAUGCAAUCAACCAGUUUAUCCACUAGACAUUGUCAGAACAAUGAGAGAUCAACGAGCCAUGAUGAUCCAAACACCUAGUCAGUACAGAUUUGUAUGUGAAGCUAUUUUGAAAGUUUAUGAAGAAGGAUUUGUUAAACCGUUAACGACAUCAUCAAAUAAAUAAGAAAACAAAAGUCCUGGAUAUGUGUUGGAAGACUGCUUUCCAUUACAUUCACUGUGCCAUAAUACUGCUUGCAGGAAAUGGCAUCUAAACAAAAAAAUGAUGAACUAACAAAAACUGAAAACUUCAGCACUGUUGCACUUUAUGUUUUAAAAAAGUCACUGUCUCAAAACCUAUAAUUCAUGUGUUUGAAGACUGUUUCAUGCUCUGCUCAGAACAUAUAGUGAAUAACUGACUACGUUCAGGGUAAUUUAUGAAGUUUUGUGGUGGUGCCAUGCAGUCCCCUUUUGAUAGAAAGCCGCAAAUGAGGCUCAGAAUUCUCGUCAUCUCUGUUACACACCUGUAUUUUGAAAGCAAAAAGAAGUAAAUAUCAGGAGCUAGCUCUGGUGUUUUCAGUGAUUCAUGUACUUACUAUACUGAACACCAGAUUUUAUUUUUUAAAUUUUAGCAAUAUCGUUUUAAAUAUUAGCCAGUACACUGCCUAUGGAUGCAGCACAUCUUUCCCUACACUCCCUUGUAGAGACCUGCUGUUCGUUAAUAAGAAGAAAAGUGGAAUUGCUUUUCCCAGGAAAUGCUGCACAUUGUCCAUUUACCAGCAUCUUAUAGAAAGUAUAAAUAUGAAUAUAUACAUUUUCUUAAAUUUAAUAAUGUAACUUAUAUUACCAUAAGGUUGGCUUAUUCCAAAUCAUGUGGUCUCACAUACUUGAUGUAAAGGAAUGCAUGCAUUGUGUCUUAACCCCUUAAGUGCCUUCAGAUGUCUGUAUGUCUAACGAAAAGGCACUCAUUUGACCCCAGUAGGAAGUAUGUAGGUAUAUUGUACAUUUACAUUUUUAUGCAUUUUGAAUCAGUUCACAUUUGAAAAUAACUUCUUGUUUGAGAGUUACACAGUCAAAGAAGGAUAAAGAAAUUCUGUUUCUCACUCAGUUCCUGUAUUUUGUCACAUGAAGCAAAGGUAACUUGUCUUCUACUGAGUGAGCACUUUGCUGCUAUGGAAUUAAGUCUGCACAUUCCUUUCCUGACAGACAAGGGUUACAGUUUAGCAGCUCAAGUUAAGAGAUGUUUUAUUCUUAAAAUUUAAUAUUUAUUUUAUCCCUAACUUUAGAAAUGACAUCUAAUGUGCACAUUAAAGUUAAACAUAUUGAUACUCUAAGCUAAAGGUAGAGCAGUUAGUUGUGACAUUUCUAUCACUAACUCUUCAGCACCCAUUUCAGUUUGUGUCAAGUUUUGUUCACACUGGUCUGUUGGUCAGGAUACUUUGAACAAGGAAUGAAACAUUGACUUGUUUCUAAAUGUAACCCCUCAGUAACUGAAGUGAGGGUUUUCUUGUCAUUUUUGUGUAUAAUUAAAUUACUCCAGUUUAUAUGUACUUAUUAAGUUAAAGCAUGUUAAUUCAUGGAGAAUUUUGACUUUUCUGCCUGAUAGAAAGAGGAUCUGAUUCCCUUUAAGGACAUAUAGAUUUUCCUCUUCAGGUUGGUUUUUUUGUUUUAGUAUUUUUUUUUAAUCUACAGAGAAAAGAACUUUAAAAUCACCCACUUUUAAUGUAAGUGGAAAUUUCUCACCUUUUGAAAUGUUGUAUUACAUAAUUAUUUUAUAUGGAUUAUGGUUGAAAUAGACUUUUACUAGUGGUUUCUGAAUAUUUCAGAAUAGUAUUGAUUAAAUUUAGAGUUGAAUAAUAGGUAUUUUGAAAUGCCAUUUAGUGUCAGGGGGAAGUGUACAUUUUAAAAUCUUCAGUAUAAUCUAAAUGAUGUUAUUUCAAAUAUUCAAGAUCCAUAAUAAUAAAUUUUAAGAAGUUAAUUCCUAAACAUUAAUAGCCGAGAUACCAAAUAAGUUAUUACAUUAAAAUGUUAAGUUUUUUUAAGAGGCAAGUAAACAUAACCUUUAUGUCAAAGAGAAAUUCUCUUAUGUAUUACUGAAUUUCAUAGCCAAGACAGUGUGAGUAAAUAAGUAUAGUUUUAUUUGAACAUUCCAUUCUUUACCAACAGAUGAGUGUAAUUUAGGUUGCUAUAUGACAUGACGGUAAGUUGAAAAGUGAAAAAGUAAAAUCAUAUCAGGGUCUACAUAAUUAACAACUGUUUUGGCAGUUUUCCACAUGAGUUAAAAAGAAAAUCUGUUCUGUGUGGAUAGAAUAUAACAAUGAUAGUUUUUUUUUAAUAUGCAGUUGUAUAGAUAUAACAGAUAAAUGGCAUACUAGCAUGUUCUUCAGCUUAGGGCUUUGUUUACACUUCUUGGUUAACUCUAAUAAUUUUUUGGCAUUGAGCACUGCUGCCUUUUUUAAUCAUUAAUGCCAGUCUUUAAAUGACAAUAUAUUAGAAGUUUAGGAUUAUAUUUAAAUUCCUCAUGUAUCAAUUUUUCACCUGGGAGUUACUCUCUGUCAGUAUUUUUAUGUAAAAAAGAUCCUUUUUUAAAGGCAUAUAUAUUGGGAUCUUAAAUUUAAAAUAAAUUUAUCCUUUACAACUUCUUGAAAUGAAUAAUGUUAACUAUGCUUCCCUGUUCAUGCAACAGAUAAGACUUUAUCCAUUACACUUAAGAAUUGUUUAACCUGUUUAUCAAUCUAUAUAGGAUUCUAGGAAUAAUCCUAUUUUUGGUACAUGAAGUAGUUCUAGAUUUCAUUCAUAUCAAUAUAAUAGUGUGUGAUAAAUGCCAAAUUUCUUGUAUCUAAACUACUCUCUUCCUCCCCUUCCCCCCCUUCUCUGUCUCUUUCUCAAUGCUGACUGUUACUCUCACAAGUGGAAAUAGAUAUUGGUGAAUCGACUUUUGUAAAUGCUAAGAAAUGAUUGUGAAAACCUUUCUAAUUUAUUGUGGUUUUACUAUGUUUGUUUCCAAUGUUUGAUUGGGCAUCUGAUUUGAGUCAGCAUGGCGUACAUAGGAGGAGGAAUAUUUUGGAAUAGACUUUACAUUCACAAGAAGAAUUAGUAGUAUUUGUUAAACCACUGCAUUCAUUCAAAAUAGAGGCAGAGUAACAACAUAAAUAAUUUCCUUUGUUUUGGCCUGCUAGCACAAGUAGGAGGGAGGGAAAAGGUUGAUCAUUUUGAUUAAGUGUAAAGAGAAAAUUUAUAUAUAAAAACUGGUUUAAAAUGUAUAAAGAUAUGUUAAACCAUUAAGACAGUUGCCUGGUCUUUUCCAGUACCAAUAUUACAUAUAGAGACACUUUUGUGUGUUUAUAUAUUUGUGCUUCACAAAAGCUAAUGCUAACAGAAGUAAAGGAUUGCUAUUUUAAGUAUAGAGCUUUUUAUAAUUUGUUGAUGGAUCUAACGAGGUCUAAUCAGGUAUUUGGGCAAAAUUCUCCUGUUUUUAUUAGCAGCACUAUAACUUUAGAGCUAGAAGGAACUUGAAAGAUUUUUAUCUAAUCUCACUUUCUAUUAUCUUAGACAAAAUAUAUGUGAUCAUCAUAAGUUCACAUGAAUUUUAGUCUUGUUUCAGCUCAAGAAUUACACUCAGGCAGUUAUUUCAAUUCAAUAACUAUGAUGACCUUAGAAGAUGUCACUUAAUUUAGAAAAUAAGUACACUUUUUAAAGUAAUCCUAAUUAGAACCUUGACUCAGUUUGCAAGCCAUGCUUCCUUGACAGAUCAUAAGCUUUUGGGAGGUAUUUAAGCUGAUAUACUUGCAGUGUGAAAACAUUCUAAAAUGCAAAUUAGAAGACUAAUUUUUAAAAGCACUUAACAUGAAACUAAGAUUUAAAAUACAUGUCCACUUGUAAUCAAUUUAUGUUCAUAAUGUGAACAUGUAGUAGAAUUACAGCAUUACUUGUUUUAUAAUCUUAUCAGGAAGAGAGAAGGAAACAAGAAUUUUUAACAAUGUUCUAUUUGACAUCUGUGUUUUGAAUAUUUAAAAUACUCUGAUGGUAAGUUUGCCAAAGUAGGUUUGAAUUCAUAAAAAUUAUACCAUAAUAAUGUGGGAUAUGUUUACAUCUCUUUUACUUUGUUAUAAUUAAUGUGUAGUUCAGGUUAAUUUGCAUUUACGUCAUUUAGAAUAAAUGCACUAUGGUAAAAUUUGUUGGAAUAAACAUGUCUUAAUAACAUGAUAAAUUACACCACAGCGUGCUUUUAUGCCACAUCAACAAAGUAACUAUAUUAGCAUUGCUUGCUUCCCACAUUUGCUUCAGCUAUCCAACCACAGUUUCUGCAAGCAUUACUUUGUGUUUUCUUUCCAAGUAAAGUGGCUGUUAUUGAAACUGACUGGAUUAAUUUUAUCAAAUAUCAGAAUUACUGAUCUGUUGGUAAAGAUUUACUGGUGCCUCAGUGUGAUCACAACACAAUUUUAGCAACCACUUUAUAAAAUUCUUUGAGAAUCAUACAGAUACAAAUACAUUUAAAUAAGAUAACAUUUUAGGACUGUUAGUAGAUAAUUUUAGCAAGUUUAUAAAGAGCCUAUGAAAUUAACCUCUAAGUUGUAUUUUUAGGUGUUCAAUUUACUUUACAAUGUCUGCAGCAAUUACCAAUACACUUUUUUUAUUGUAUACAGAUAAUCAUUCUUAGUAGCAAUUCAAUAAGCUUUUCAAUGUUUUCAAGGAAAAGCAUCCCCUAUUUCAGGCAGAAUUGAGACAUUUAAUUUUCAUCAUCUUGGUGAAGUUGUCAUAGGCAGACACCAAAUUGUUAUUUGUUUCCUAUCUAAAUUUGCUGCUAUUUAUUUCUGUUUUUCAAUGCAGCUUACUCUGUUUCUAAAGUUUUAUAUUCAUUGUUCUUAUUUUAGUAAUGCAAGCUAAAUGGGCAGCCAAAAGUAGUAUCUACCAGGGUGCAGUUUAUCAACAUUGACUAGAUAAGUUCAUUGCAUAAAUAAGUAAAUUGAUUUUUUUAAUUUACUAAGUGAAAGUUAUUAGCAAUAUUGCAAGUUAAAGACUACAAUUUUAGGAGGAAGUCCUAAUGUUUAACUUCCUGAAACCUUUUAAAAUUUCAACUGUAAGAGUGAAAAUGUUUUAAAGCCUUGUAGUGCUCAUAAAAGUUUCAGUUAAACACUGUUGAAUUUUCCUAUUGUGGUAUAAAUGAUAUGAAAAGUAUUUUUCUAUGGGUGAAGGAUUGAAACUUUUCUUUAUUGUUUAAAAAGGAGAAAAUGAUAUUUGUAUGUCUUUCAUGCUGUAAAGAAAAUGAAUGUAUCUUUUAAAUGUUCUUAGAAUUAUGACUUAAUUAUAAGGAUACUCUUUGUUUUUUUAAAAAAGUCAGUGAGGGAUGGAAAAGGAAAGGAAGAGUGUAUUUCACUUAACUAGAAAAUGCAAUUUUAGAAGAAAAUGUAAUUUUGUUAUAAAUAAGAGCAAUCAUUAUUGAAGCAUAUUUCAAAUAUAAUGUACAUUCUUUUUCAUUUUGCUUUGUUUUAGCUUUAGAAUAGUAAAUUUCAAGAAAAUCUGUGCAUACUGUUUUUAAGUAUAAUAUAACUGAAUUCUAGACUUCUCUAGAGUGUGGGAGGUUCUUUUUGUGUGAGAGUUAAUGUUCUGCUGAAUGUGUUUACCGUGAAUGAAAGUUCUCAGGCUUUGGCACUAUUGCAGCAACAAUGAGGACAUCAUUGUGAGAGUAUGACUUGGAUGAAGCCAGAAAACUGUGCCUAAGAUUUACCCCAGUAAAUAUGUGCAGAGGCCCCUGACAAAGAGUUUUGCUUUUUUAUUCUCAGUAUCUUAGAUAAGCCCAACUCUGCCUUGUAGCAGUGCUAUCUUAUAUGCUUAAGGGUUUAUUAAGUCUCCUGAAAACAAACAAAAAAAAACAGAAAGCUUACAUUUUAAACCAACAUCUUUAGGUAUGAUUUAUUUGUUCAACAAUUUCUUUGAAAGGUAGUAGUUAUUAUUUACAACUCAUUAAACUUGACUCAAUGGGGCCUUCAUUAUUUUGACACCUGCUUCCAUCCCUCUAACUUGUAAAAUAUCAUUAAUUUUCAUUUACAGUAGAGUCUUUGUGAAGUAAGUACCCUGAAUAACUAACUAAAAGAUGAUAUCUUCCUCGUUAAAUUUUAUUAACAGUUUUUAAAAGAUUUGGAUCGGGCCUCCUUAAUCCUGGGAGUUUCCAAAAUUUAUCAAGUAGCAUUUGUCCUGACCUUAACUACAAUGGCACAUUGACAAAUGAAAAUGAUCACCAUGAAGCCAUCAAGAGGGCUCAUCCCUGCUUACAGUCUUAGACCCAAAUAGGUACUGAUUUGUGGUUUCCCCAAAUCCACUGCAGUCACAGUUGAGCCCAUUUUACUUUUUAUUUAAGAGAAGCUUUUAAGUUUUUACUUUUGAAUUAUAGUGUGCCAGUUAUUUGCCUUUCUGGGCAAGAAAAUUUCAACCCAAUUCUGGGAUUCUCUUACCCCCAUCUUUUCCCACCCUUCAGUGAGUUGACGAGGUUAUUCAUUCUUGUUUUCUGUAGAGUAGGCCAAAUUUCAAUGCUGAAAUUGAUUCCUUGAAUUUCAAAUAGUAGCACUUUAUUUCAUGCUUACUACUGACUUAAUUUAUACAUUUAAAAAUAUACUAGGUGUCUUGUAAAUAGGGAAAAUUAAUGGAUUAAUAUGUAGAGCUCAUUUGGACCCAAUAUAAAUGCUUUACAAUGAUAUUUUGAUCACUUGAUAUUUAAAAGGUAACUUGUGUGAUUUUAGCUUUGCCACUUUUCUGUAAUUUAUUUAGUACAAUAAAGGCUACCUAGUUGACUAUAUUGCUGGGCUCAGUUCUCUCAGCUAGCUUCAACCAGUUUUGAUUUACUAUAAUCAUUUGUGUUUUGCAUUUUUGUAUAUUACAUAAAUACUUGGAGAUCCAUCCGUUUAGUUUUGUGUUGCACCUAGGGGUUAAGUCAAUACUGCACCACAAGUUAAGCUGUAGGGGGCAAGGUCCUGACACUGUAAGUACAUAUCAAGGACAGGAUUUAAGAAAUUAAAAACAGUUUACAUUAGCCAUUUUUAUUUUCUGUCAUUAGAAUAUAUGUGCUUUAAAAAGUUAACACUGUCCAACCCAGUGUUCUACAGCGUUCGGACAUUGCAUUUACAAUUCAUAUGGUAAUCUUUUCAAGUAAGAAAAGCUAGUCUUUAUUUUCUACAGUGUAGGCUUAAUUUUAGGACAAACAGUUUACUAUAUACUCAUAAGCGAUAUUCUAAGCAGUAGUUUUUAAAAUAAUUAUUUCUAUGUAGUGGGUGUUUUAAUUUUGGAUUUUUUCCCCUUGUACCAGGUGCUAUAUGUAAAUAUGAAGAGCAAAAUGUCAGUUAAAAGUAGUUUAUUUCCUAAUUAAAAUACAGUUUUACAGUUCUGCUGCCAUUUCACAUUUUAUUGUACUGAACUCGUAGCAGAUACAAUUACCCCCUAAUUUUUUAAGUUAACUCUUCUCCCAUUUUACAAAAAUAUGUUUUGAUAGGAUUUGUUCCCUAAUUAAGAGGCAAAUAAGCUUAGGGUUUACUUAAAAUGUGUAAGCUUGAAUUUGGUCAACACUGGAUAAUUUGAGAGUCGCUAUUCAUCUGUCACUUCUUCCUACUGUAUACUUGGAAGACCUUGUGUAUUUGAAUGUUGGUGAAAAAUUAUAAUUCCUAUUCAUGUAAAAAUAUGAAUACUAAUAGCAAAUAGGAUUAAAAUGCUGAUUUGCAUUAAAACUGUUUUAGUCAUAAGAGUGAUUUAUAUUAUGUAAAAUGCUAUGUUAUACUUUGUUGGCCAUAUUCAUCUGAUUGAGAAAUAGUCAUUCGGGUACAAAUGUGAAAAAACUCGAGCUGUGACUUAAAAUUGUUCAAUUGCUAAAUAAAGAUGUGCUUUAGUAAUUUAAA